AUGUCACCGAUAUCGGACUGUAUCAGUUGUCUUGUUACGAAAAUCAACGAGUCUGAGCCAAGCAUACGGCGGCGCUCGAUGCUUUUUGUGCUUUAUUGUUAAAGUAUACUACGUACCGUGUAAGAUAUACCGAAAGGAGGCUAAAAAUACACACGAUUGAGAAUCAUGAGUAGGUCUGGUGACAAAAGAAACAUGCCUUCGCUACUAGUGAAAACUUUGUCAUUGGAUGUUUAUUUGACUGAUCAGUUUGUCAAGUCGAUGGAAAAAGUAUUAGACAUUAAGAAGUAUAAAACACAUUACAGAGCACUCGAGUAUUCUUGUCAUGGACUGAUAUGGAUUCCUCUGUGGAUUGGAUUUAUAUGGAUUUUAAACAGUAAAAGCCUCUAUCAAAUGCAAAUCAACUUUUUCAUAGGAUUAAUACUAGACGUACUUGCUGUUGCAAUAAUAAAAGCAAUCUCAAGACGGCGCAGACCAGUGAAAACAGAAGAUGCCAUUGAAAUAGGACCCGACAAAUUUUCAUUUCCAUCUGGUCAUGCAUCCAGGGCAUUUUAUAUUUUUUUCUUCUUCUUGUUCAACUGGCCUAUACAUUUUAUCUUUGUACCGUUCCUUGCAACUUGGGCUGUAUGCGUGACCGUCUCCAGAGUCAUGAUGAGAAGACACCACCUCUUAGAUAUCGCUGCUGGUGUAGUGUUAGGUUUGAUCACUUCAUUCUUCAUUGGUCUAAUUUACUUGGAAGAAAGUACUUGUACUGAUUUGGUUUGGUGGUUAACUGAUGAAAAAUUAGAUGGAGGAGAAUAUCAUGUGUGAUAUUUAAUGUAAAGACUUUAAGUACGGACAAAACUGUAUAUUGUACAGCAAACUAUUUUACUUAUAUGUAAAAUAAAAAACUUUUAAUUAUUUUGUAUUUUAAAAUUCUCUGU